AAUACGAAAGUAACAAAAAUUCAUCAAAUUUGUAUACAUAGGUUACCAUACAGUAUUUUAUAGUAUUACAAUUGCAGUUAAAUAAUGAAAAUAAAAAAUACGAAAACUGUGACGAAGAAAGGUAAAGAACCUACUAUGAAGAAAAAGAAACGUUUAAGUAAAAAAAUUGCAAACAAUAUGGUAAAUAAGGAUUUUGAACACGACGUGAACAGUGGCUGCUAUAAGGAUAAAGAUGAAAAUGUUUAUGAAGAUGAUGCAGGUAGCGGCGAAGAUGAUAUAGAUCCAAGAGAACACAAGAAAUCCUUAAUGAAAUUAAAGCAGACAGAUCCUGAAUUUUAUACAUAUUUAAAAGAAAAUGAUAAAAACCUUUUAGAAUUUAACAUAUCUGACGAUGAAAACAAUGACAUUGAUGGUGAUGAUGAUGAUGAUGAUGAUGAUAAAUCCUCGUUAAAUGAAUUGGAUACAAGACAUGUACCUAAUACUCAUUUAGAGGUUGCUAGCGAUGAAAGUGAUUAUGAAGUAGAUGAAGAUAGUGGUACAACAAAGGAUAAAAGAAAAAUUACAUUGCAAUUAUUAAAAUUGUGGCAAGAAGAAAUUCAGAAGGACAGGUCGUUAAAAACUGUUAAACGUGCUGUAGAAGCAUUUCAUGCUGCAUUGCAAACAGUAGCAGAGUCUUCUGAUAAAGAUUCACUACGAUAUAAAGUAGAGGGGGGUGUAGUGUUUAACGGAGUUGUGCAAUUGUGUAUAUUGUAUUUACCCGAUGCGUUAAAACGGUUUUUAAAACUGGGCACAGACACCCACUUUCAAGCUCAUAAGUGUAAAAAAUUUGGCAAAGCGAAGGGUAUUUUAAAAUCAUACCUAAGCGAUUUAAUUAAAAUUUUACAGAAUGUAACAUCAUCUAAUAUACUUACAGUGCUUUUAAAGCAUCUACAUCAAAUGUUACCUUAUACGCAAUCAUUUGCAUCGUUAACUAAACCAUUGUUAAAGAUCUUAUUAAAUUUAUGGUCGACCGGAGAAGAAACCGUUCGCGUUGUUUCUUUUUUAAGUAUAUUACGUGUAGCAACUACUAAUCGAGAAUCGGUUUUAGAAACAUUGUUCAAGGCGAUGUAUGUAAAAUAUGUUGAAAAUUCGAAAUUUGUAUCUUUUACAACUCUACCCGGAAUAAACUUUACGAGACAUUCUUUGGCGGAGAUAUAUUUGCUUGAUAAUAAUUUAGCAUAUAAUCACGCCUUUUUAUAUAUAAGGCAAUUAGCCAUUCAUUUAAGAAAUGCUAUGACAUUAAAAAAGAAGGAAAAUUUUCAAGCUGUAUACAAUUGGCAAUACAUCAACUCGUUACGCUUUUGGACAGAAUUAAUCACUUUAUCAAAUAGCGAUUCUAUGUUACGCGCACUUUUGUACCCUCUUGUACAAAUUAUUAUAGGAACAAUAAAAUUAAUACCAACUCCACAAUAUUACCCUCUAAGAUUUCAUUGUUUACAAAUGUUAAUAGAUAUUUCGAAAGAAACGGAUGUAUUUAUACCUGUAUUGCCAUUUUUAUUAGAGAUAUUAAAUUCUUACGACUUUAAUAAGAAACACAAGGCAGUCUCGAUGAAACCAAUACCGUUUACUUGUGUAUUAAGAAUGUCGAAGGUGCAGCUACAAGAGAAUGGGUUCAAAGAUAAUGUUAUUGAUUCCUUGUACCAACUUAUUUUAGAAAAUGCAGCAAAGGAUAGUCAUACGAUAUACUUUCCAGAUUUAUAUAUACCGUGUAUAAUUCAGUUAAAGGCAUUUCUAAAGAAAUGUCAUGUUGGAAAUUACAGUAGAAAAGUGAAACGGUUGUUGGAGAAAAUUGAAGAGAACAGAAAGUAUAUUGAAACGGCACGUAGUAAAUCCGUAAUUGCCUUAAGUAACAUGGCAGAGAUUAAAACCUGGGAAAACAAGAUCAGAACACAGGGGACAUCAUUGUCGAAGUUUUGUGAAUCUUGGAAAAAGAUUCAUCAAUCGCAAAAACUGAAAUUACUCACAGGAAACGAAGAUAUAGCCGAAUAUAAUUUACCAACUAUAAGAAAAUCGGCGAGAAGAAACUUGAACGAAGAAAAUAUAGAAACAAGUGACGAGGAUAGUGAUUCGGAACUGUUUACUAAGAAAUCUGAUCAAGAAAAAGCUAAAUUACCUAUCAAAAGGAAAAAGAAGAAACAAGAAAUUAAGAAAAAUAACAACGACGAUUUACCUAGGGAAAUGACCGAUAUUGUACAAGAUAUAAAUACCGACGACUGGGAUUAAAUAUUAUUUAAUUCAAUGAUGUAUACGAAAAAAAAACAUGUAACGUUAAUACAAGAAAC